CGCGCAGCGUCGGGCUCGGGAGGCGGCGUCGGGGGCGCGAGCGGCAGCGCUCCUGUUCGUGGGGUGCGGGCCAGAGGCGGCGGGUGAGGCGGGCGCCACCGGCCGGCCGGAAGGGCGCCUCAGCUCCGCCAGGGACCGCGGCGCGGGACCCAGGACCAAAGAGGAGGCGGCGCCCCUGCUGCCUGGAGCCCGGCCGGCUGCCCGCCGGGAGGGGGCCGUGGCCGGACGUUCCCGGCCCGGAGCUCCCCGAAGCACCUCUCGGAGAGAGGGGGCCUCCCCGCCCCCCGCAGCGCUCUCGACCGCCCCCUGGGAGUGCCCUCGGCCUCCCCGGACUCACCUGCGCCGCUGCCUGGCACCCAGGUGCGGGGGCGUGGGCGCGGCGUGGGCGCCACCCCCGGCCGCCAGCGGGGCGGGGGCGGGGCCGCCCUCGGCCCUCAACCGGGCCGCCCGUCGCCUUCAGUCUCACGGUCCGCCCGCCGCGCCUGGUCGCGCGGCGUGAGCUCUCCGGGGACCGCAGCUCUCGGGAUGCUGUCCGCCAGCACGGCCGCUCGCGCGCCGCCCGCCACCCCUGCCCUUGACUCCUGGACCAUGCCCCAAUGUUUACAUGGCCGGUGAAGCCCCCGGCCACUCGGAACCCGUCCAAGCCCCAGCUCCCUGAGGGUGAAGCCUGCCGGCCUGCGAACUGGACUGGUCGUUCGGACCCGGGGCUUCCGGACUCAGCUCCCCAUCCGCUCUGCUGCCUCAACCACCAUCUGGGCGGGAUCCGGCUCUGGUGUUUUGAGGAGGGGGUGUGGUGGUAGGGAAAAGAAUCCUGGGGAUUUCUGGUUCCCCCUGCUUUUUUUUUUUUUUUUGGCCUUCGGGGCUUCAGACUCAGGGAACUCGCUCAUGGCUUUCUUGAUGAAGAAGAAGAAAUUCAAAUUCCAAACCACUUUCACCCUGGAGGAGCUGACUGCAGUCCCCUUCGUGAAUGGGGUUCUCUUCUGCAAGGUCCGGCUGCUGGAUGGCGGGGACUUUGUCAGCUUGUCAUCAAGGGAGGAGGUGCAGGAGAACUGCGUGCGGUGGCGGAAGAGGUUCACCUUCGUGUGUAAGAUGAGCGCCAACCCGGCCACCGGCCUGCUCGACCCCUGCAUCUUCCGUGUGUCUGUGCGCAAGGAGCUGAAAGGUGGAAAGGCUUAUUCCAAGCUGGGCUUCGCCGACUUGAACCUGGCGGAGUUUGCAGGCUCAGGUUCCACGGUGCGCUGCUGCCUGCUGGAGGGCUACGACACGAAGAACACUCGACAGGACAACUCCAUCCUCAAGGUCACCAUUGGGAUGUUCCUGCUCUCGGGAGACCCCUGCUUCAAGACGCCGCCGUCCACUGCCAAGUCCAUCUCCAUUCCAGGCCAGGAUUCCUCCCUGCAGCUGACGUGUAAGGGUGGCGGGACCAGCCGUGGGGGCAGCAGCAACUCCUUGACGGGGUCCCGGCCCCCCAAGGCCCGGCCCACCAUCCUCAGCUCAGGGGUGCCGGAGGAGCCAGACCAGAACCUGUCCAGCCCUGAGGAGGUGUUCCACUCCGGCCACUCCCGCAACUCCAGCUACGCCAGCCAGCAGUCCAAGAUCUCGGCAGGCUACAGCACAGAGCAGUCGCGCUCCUCGAGCCUCUCGGACCUGACACACCGCCGGAACACGUCCACCAGCAGCAGCGCCUCAGGCGGCCUCAGCAUGGCCGUGGAGGGGCCUGAAGGCAGCGAACGUGAGCACCGGCCCCCCGAGAAGCCGCCGCGGCCGCCCCGGCCUCCGCAUCUGUCAGACCGCUCGUUCCGGAGGAAGAAGGACUCAGUGGAGAGCCACCCGACCUGGGUGGAUGACACGCGCAUUGAUGCUGAUGACAUCGUAGAGAAGAUCAUGCAGAGCCAGGACUUCACGGAAGGCAGCAAUACUGAGGACAGCAACCUCCGGCUGUUCGUGAGCCGCGAUGGCACCACCACCCUGAGUGGUAUCCAGCUGGCCAACAGGGUCUCCUCUGGGGUCUACGAGCCAGUCGUGAUUGAAAGCCAUUGAAGAGCAGGUGCCCCGGCUGGAGAAGGGCCCUGCCUUCACGGGCAUCCAGACCCACGUCAUUCCACAAGGGACCUUCCCCUUCGGAUCACCAUCCGUGCUGCCUCUCAUCUGUGCCUCCUCCAUGCACUCCAGCCCCAAAGCAUCAUUCCACUGACCUCCCAUCUAUGCUGGGACGCUCAUGGCCUGCAAGGGCCCCGGGCACCACUGUGAAUAUUCUCCUCUGAACCACUAGAGGGCAGGACACAUGGGCCCGUGAAGCAGGUGGGCAGAGACCCAUGGCGGGCACUGCUCCUCUGAGACCCACCUGGGCCCUCGGUGAGGACAUUCAGCAGUUCCUGCACAUGCAGGGAGGCUGGUGGCCGAGGGGCCUCUUGUCCUGUGUCCCCGUUCACUCCAGGAGCGCUGGCUCAGCCCUGGCAGGGCCUCGCUCCAUUGCCCCCUUGUCCUUGGGGGGGGGCAGUUCACCCCCCGGAAUCCUGCCACCAUGGCCCUCUGACUGCUUAGUGCUUCAGCUGUCCCUCCCCUGCGUCCCGGGGGACCUGCUGGCGGCCUCCUCCGGGAAACCAAGACCUCAAACCCCACCCGUGCUCCGGAUUGAGACCCCCCUCCCCUGCAGCGAAUGUUCUCCUGCUGCCCCGGCAGCCUGCACUUUGCACACGCUUGUCUCCAGCACAGCACCCUGGCCCUCGCCUGCCCGUCCACUGAGCCCUUCCCAAGGAUCCCUGGGCCCUGCCUGCCGUGCAGUCAGCAGCCCAGCCCUCACAGCCCGGCUGGAACGUGGCACUGCCCCUGCCCCUCCCUGCCCUCUCCAGUUGGCCCCAGUUCAGGCCUGAGCCCCCUGCUGAGAAAGGUCUGAGCCUGAGCUGCGGUUCCCCUCUGCCCGGGGCUGGGUCCUGGGCAGCUGGCUUACGUUAAUGAAGCCAGGAAGGGUGCCUCCCAAGGCCCUGGAGGUCAGCAGCCCGGCUGGGCUGGGUUUGCCAAGCCAAGCGCCCUUUCUCUCCCCUCAGGCUCAGCUGGCCCAGGCCAGGGCCGAUGCUGGAAAGGCAGAUGGGCUGUAGCUGGACUGGCCCGGAGCUGGCUUCCUGGCCAGAAAAGCCUCAGCCAACCUCUGAAAACAUGCCCUCUCUGGGCAAAGGAGAGGGCGGCGGGGGGCCGUCCAUUAAGGGGGUUUUCCCAGUGGGGAGCAGUCUGGGCCUGCCCCCGCCCCUACCCCUCGCUAUACCCUCUGCUCUCAGCACUUUCCCCUGGCCUUGUCCUCGUUACUUGCUUGAAGGUGGGUUCUGGCUGCCCGCCGGUCUCUGGACAGACUCCCCGACACUCUAACUUCCACUCAUUUUGUAUAAACCCAGCAGGCUGGUGUUUACGUAGCCCCAUACCUUUUUCCUUUUCUUUCCUGGUUGUUUUUUUUCUUUUCUUUUUUCUUUCCUUCCUCCCUUUCAUUUUCUUUUUUUAGAGUUCACAGUUUGGUAUUUUCUCCUCCCCCAGGCGAGGGGAGGUGCUUCUGUUCUCCCCCUACCCGCUGGCUGGGUCCCAGCAGGGCUGGGGAUCUGGGGUGGGGGUGGGGGGUGCCCUCCCCAGGCUGGGAGGGGUCCUUGCAUUCUGCCCCACUGGCAAGAAUUGGACUUGGUCUUGGAACCUCCUGGCAUUGGGACCAGAGCAUUUCUAGGGUUUCUGUUGUUUUUAAUGCCCUAACCCUUUUAGAAAAUGAAUGUGAGAAGGUGCCUGCCGAGGCAGGAUGGAGCAUUUGCUCUGGCUAGGGAAGGCUCUGGUCAGCUCUGCAGGUCCCUUCCUGCCCCACAGACACCUGGCACUUUAAAAGGGAGCUGGCCGCACUGUCUGCAGUUGAAGUGACCCCUAGAAGAUGGGGGAACACUGUCCUUCUGUAUCUGCAUGACCUCAGCCCAGUGAGGCGAUGUAUUCAGGGUGUUUUUAGGUCUGAGUCAACAUUCUGGGGGCUUCAAGCAUAAGAUAGCUGGUUUUGGUGCUGUUGAGGAGAAUUCCCAAUACCAGGAACCCCAGCCCCACCCUAGGUGAGGUCUGAAUUUGACAGUCAUCCCAGAAGGAGACAGAGCCUGCCACACCUUCCCAUGCCAGGCCCUGGGCCAGGGUAACUGGAUUAACAGAAUUUGGCCACAACCAAAUCAAUGCUGGCUGGAGCUGGAGGCCUGGAGCCCCGGACCCCCAGCCUCAUUCCCACGUGGAAGCCCUUUCUUUGACCCUCUGGUCCCCUCAAGCUCAGUGAAUUCCCAUUAGGUGCCCACAUCUCUGGACUAAAAAUCCUAUAUUUAGAAGGAGACAGAAUAUAUUAGAGAUAUUUUUGGAAAGGAAUUGGUCUAUGCAAUGGCAGUUUGGAAUCUUCUUGAAAGACAGUUUUAACGUUUUUACUAGGAGAUUUAAAGAAAGGUCUACAAUAUUUUUAGGUCGUUUUUUUUUUUUUUUUUUUUUUUUGUUUCUGGUCACCCCACAAACUGACCGCAUGGCAUGAUCCGCCAAGGUGGAGAAUGCCAUGGUCUCCUCUCUUGCGGGAGGUGAGCAGGGAGAUGGGGGGAGGGGAGGUCUUUUUUUUUUUUUAACACCCCUCCUUUCGAACAGAAUGUUACCACCACCACCCCCUGAUUGAGUGGGCUGUGUUUGUAUCUCCGUCCCAGCUUCUAUUGUAGAAAAUAACAUUGUAAGGGGAAAUCAGCCUAGUGUCAGUGUCUUGGUUGGGGGGGUGGGGAUUAAACGUUGCAGAUUUUGUUAUGGCA